UGCUUUGGUCGGUCGGUGUCGAAUCGUAUAACUUUUGUUUUUGUAUUUCAAUACCCAUUUACAUACCUGUCUAAAAUUUAGUUUACAUAAACAGUGCACUGUUAUUACAAUGCCUAAAGCUAAAACUGAUGCUGUCCACCGAUUUUAUCAUUAUGAUCCAAUCGAAAAUAAGAGCAAAUGUUUGAUUUGUGGCAACAAAAUAAAGGGUAAACAUACAUCAAAUUUAAAAAAUCAUGUAUCGAUAAAACAUACCAAAGAAUAUAAGAUUACCGUAGAUUUGAACAAAAAUGCUGUUGUAAGUCAAGGAAAAAUGACGUUAGAAAAAUAUGAGAGAUUAAAAAUGCAAUGCUUGAAAUUAGUGACAGUCCAUGGGCAACCAUUUUCGAUACUAGAAGAUAAAGCGUUUCUGAAUAUUAUGCAUAUGGCUGUUCCGGCAUCUGUUAACAAAGUUAAUAUUGAACUGAUUAAAGAUAUGAUAUGUGACAAAGCAUCUGAUAUAAAAUCAAAAAUUUCAAAUGAGACGAAAAACAGAAUGAUAUGUUUAAAACUUGAUUUCUUAACUUAUCUUGACAGAAAUUUCAUUGGCGUCAAUAUUCAGUACGUGAUUGAGGGAACAGUGAUAGAAAGAAAUUUAGCAGUGAUUAUAGUAGCGAAUAAACAAACAUGUGAUUUUCUAAGAGAGAAACUCCUUGCAACUCUCAAUUAUUUUACGAUCGACAUAUCACAAAUAUAUUCUAUUACAACUGAUAAUGGAAAUAACUAUAAGAAAACGUUUAAGCUCUUAAAUUCCAAGUUUUAUAAUACGUUGCUUGAAGAAAAAACAGAUUAUUUAAGAGAAUAUAUAAAUGAAAAUGAAAGCGACUCUGACGAAGAGGAUGAAAGUCAACAAAUAAGUGAAAAUGAUAUUGUUAGAAAUGUUAAUAUGUUUGUAGACCACAUACAUUCUCCAUUCAAACCUCGUCUCAUGACUUGCGCAGCACAUAUGCUACAUUUUUCAGUAACGGAUGCCUUAAACAAAAAUAUUAAAACACAAAUAGUAAUAGAGUUAGCGAGAAAGGUGGUACAUAUUCUUCGUCAACCAACUUUCAAAAACAUUUUCCUAGAAUCUAAUUUGAGGAAACCUGUCGUCGACUGUGCUGCACGUUGGACAUCGACUUACAAUAUGUUAGUUAGCUUAUUUUCAUUAAGAACGCUAUGUAGAAAUAAUACAGAUAUAUCUGCUGUGUUAUCAACAGAUUUUUGGCAACAGAUUUCAUUAAUUAUCGACAGUUUAAAACCUGUAAAUGAUGCAAUCAUGAAUUUGCAAAAAAAGCAACUUACUAUUGGAGAUUUUUUUAUAGUAUGGUUAACAUGUAAAUCGAGGGUUGAAGUUAUUCCGGCGUCAUUAGCUAAAGACUUACUUGAUGCUAUGAAUGCAAGAGAAAAUAUUCUGAGGAAAUCUGAUUUAGUAUUAGAGAAUUUAUAUCUGGAUGGACGAUUGAAUGUAAUCUUAUCAGAUGAAGAAUGUAUAAAAGCGCAAUCACUCCUAUUAGAAACUUAUAACCACCUUCAAAAUAUAUUACAAACCGAAGCUGCAGACAUCGUAUUUGCCGACAUUCAAAUAAAAGAGGAAAAUUACAACAAUUGUCAAGCUUCUACAAGGACUGAAAAUGAAAAUCCAAUAAUUGCCACUUCCGAUAUAGAGCGUAUAUUAAUUAAUACAGAAAAAGAACGUAAUAGCGCUAGGGCUGCUUCUUCACUUGAGGUCAUGCUAAAAGAUUUAAGGUAUGCGCCUAGACUUCCACUUAACGAAAAUAUCCUCCUUUACUGGAGAAAUAAAAAAACUACGCAAUUAACAAUAAGUGGAGUUGCUAAUACAGUUCUAGCAACACCAGCAACGCAAGUAUCUGUGGAACAACUACUGUCUUCAUUAAAGUUUAUCCUCUCUCCUUUAAGAAGUAAGAUAGAAGGAAAUUUAUUACAAAAUAUAUUGCUAUUAAAAUUAAAUCCAGACUUAGUUGAAUAAAAACCCGAAGCUACCACCAAGACUUUGUUGCUAUUAUGCGCCAUUGUAGCCCUGCAACUCUGCAGGUGUU